AUGGCCAAUCGAACCUUGUCAAUUAUUGAUGCGUUUCGCAUUAUAAUAUUUUUCUGUUCAAGUAGAGGGUAUAGAGAGUUAUUAGGUGAAAAGGGGCAACCUCAAUCGGCUGAAGAUACCGUCAUAAAGUUAGUUGAUCGUGCUAGCAAUUCUACUUUAUUGGAAGAUAGGCGUGCUGCUAUUUUAGGAUUAAAAGGUCUCUCGAGAGAAUAUCGCCAGGAAGUUGGAGAGAAAAGUCUUGGAUCUCUUUUACAUAUUUUAAACGAAGAUAAAGCAGAUAUUGACACAGCAAAGGCUAUUUUAGAAAUAUUAAACAUUCUAUGUACACCUGACAUACACGAGAUACACGAGGAUUCUUCAAAUAUACAUUUAUUCUUGGAUAUUUUACAAGAGUAUGAUUUUUAUGUUCGUUUUCAUGAUAUACAAUUGUUGCGUGCAUUGCUUAUUGUAAGACCAGAUCAUGUACAGGACUGUAUUUUGACUGCUCCUAUGGGAAUUUCACGUUUGAUGGAUCUAUUAGAUGAUCAAAGAGAAAUCAUAAGAAAUGAGGGAUUAUUAUUGCUCAUAUCACUCACUGAAAACAAUGCUGAUAUUCAAAAGAUUGUCGCAUUUGAGAAUGCCUUUGAAAGGCUUUUGGAAAUAAUUGUAGAAGAGGAUGGAUUGAAUGGCGGAAUUAUUGUUCAGGAUUGUUUGCAAUUGAUACAUAAUUUAUUACGAUAUAAUGUUUCAAAUCAGACAAGUUGUAUACAGAGAAUUCCGGCAUUAUUAAGUUAUUCAGCGGAGUUCCAACAUCAGGGAUUUGAACUUGAAUUUUUAGUUCAAGAUUGGCAUGAUCAAAAAAUUGUUAAUACCAUUGUAUUAUUAGAAUUAAUUAAGAUUUUAGUUGUUCCAAAUAAUAUGAAUACAGUAACUAAUCAGAAUGUGAUGGUUCAAUGUGGAGUUUUAAAACCGAUUAUUGAAUUGGCUUUGUCUUCAAACGCCCCAUCACCAGUAAAGUCAAAUUCACUUUAUGCUUUGGCAGAUCUAAUAAGGGGGAAUCAAAACAGUCAAGAAUUUUUGUCAAGAAUAGUUGUAACAGUUCCUCAUCCAUCUUAUCGUAUUUCAGAUUCACUUGAUCCAUCUCAGGCGAACAGAAAUAGUGCCCAAUCAUCACAGGAUCAAAUGCCUACAUUACCUCCACGUCCUGCUGUAAUGGCACUUAUUGCUGUUGCGGUUGGAGCGGAACAUCUAGAAAGUUAUUCGACUCGUGCAGCUGCUACUUAUGCAUUCGAGUCUUAUACAUUUAAUAAUAUUAACGCACAACUUGUAUUAGCAUCGACACUGACACCACCACCUGAUGAUAAUCCCAAUUCAGAAAUAUUUGCAGCAAAACCUCAAUCAGCUGGUUCCCUAUUGCUUUCGGCAUUAUUAGAAUGGGAAGAUUCCGAAGCAGAUCCAUAUGUUGUAUGGUUUGCCUCAGUAAUAUUUUCACAUAUUCUCAUGAAUAAUGAAAAGUCAAAAGAAAUAGCUCGAGCGAUAUUUAUUGGAGACGGUAAUGAAAAUGCGGAGGAAAAUGUUUCUUUAUUGCAUUCAAUUGCUGGAAAUUUGAUGAUGGCGACAAGACAAAACGCGGAUGUUAGAGUACUGAUAGGAUACCUAAGUGUUCUCUGCGUUUGGUUAUGGGAUAGUCCAAUAAGUAUCAGAGAAUUCUUAUCAGAGGGUGCCCAUUUACAAAUGCUAAUUACACCAAUAACUCAAUCUUCUGGAAUAGAUACAAUAGUUCAAGGAUUGUGUGCAUUUUUAUUAGGAAUAUGUUAUGAAUUUAAUCAUAAUUUAGAUCCACAAAUCACAAGGUCAACGCUUCAACCUAUUUUACUUAAUCGAAUUGGGUUUGACCAAUUUGUCAAUCGAAUUACAAGAUUAAGAGAAUCUACUCAUUUUAAACACGCUACACAGUAUUUACAGAUUUUGCCGGAAGCGGCGGCUAAAGGCUUACCAGACUUAUAUUUUGAUUAUGCCUUUGUAGAAUUUUUUAAAAAUAAUUAUGAAAUCAUUCAAAGGUCUAUUAGAGCGGAUCCGAAUGCAAAAUCAUCAUUAGGAUAUAAAGGUUCAGAUUAUCAAGGUGAAAAUGAUUCAACUUCAAUGAUAAUAUCAUAUAAAGAUGUUAUUCAAACUCAAGAAAAGGAAAUAAAUCAAUUAAAAGAAUCAAUCAAACAAAUUGAAAAUCAAUUGGAAUCACAG